AUGACAGAUUAUGCCGGAAAUGAUACACACCCAAACGUUUUUUCGAGGCAAGUGAUCCAAAACUUGUACGACAUAUCGGGCGCAUAUCCGAUCUUCCGUGUGGGCGGCAGCACCCAAAGCUCUGCCAUAUACUAUCCGAAUCAGACCGAAGCUAUUAUCGACCCCUUUAGCUCUGUCGCUUCUGACCAGCCAUCGCAUACGCUCAUUGGCCCGUCUUGGUUCCAAUCCUUCAGACAAUUCCCCAAUGGCACCCAAUAUAUAUAUGGCCUCAAUUUCUUCAAUACGGUAAACGAGACAUAUUACAAUAUUGGGAACGGCCUUGAUCAAUGUGUACUCGAGGCAAACGCUGCCUACGAGACCAUGGGCAACUCGUUAUAUGCGUUCGAGAUUGGAAAUGAGGUAGAUAGCUGGGGGAAUGGUAAGCAUAGAGACGGGAAUUGGACAGUCCAACGCUACGUGAACCAAUGGAACAAAUUUGCGACAGCUAUCAGUCAGAACUUGACUGGUAAGGACGCAACGAGAUUGUUCCAAGGAUGUGCAUUUGAGGCACCUCGCCAUCUCGACGAAAGAACGGACUGGAAUGUUGAAAAUGCGGAGCUAGAUGGUAUGGGCGCAGACAAGACAAAGACGGUUUCCGACCACGAGUAUAUGGGUGCUAGUUGCCACUAUACGGGCGCCGGGCCAACAAUCCAAGACACCCUAUUCGAUCGCACCAACAUGCUCUCUCGUGUUUGGUACCAUGACUAUCUGGGCAAUGCGACAGCGAACUCAGGUAUCAAAUAUGUUAUCGGUGAGACUAACUCCAUUUCUUGCCAGGGCGCGUUCAAUAUCUCAGACGUUAUGGCAUCUGCUGUCUGGGCCAUUGACUAUGUCAUGUAUCUAUCCUCACUCAAGGUAUCCCGUGUUCAUUUUCACAUGGGAACACGCUAUCGCUACUCACCCUGGCAGCCUGUUCUCUACAACGACAGUUCUCCCCACGUCAACCCAAUGUACUAUGGGAAUCUUUUCAAUGCUGCUGUGUUUGCAGGAGGGAACAAGCAGACGGAAGUUCUUGUCAACGAAACAAACUUCGGUGCAUAUGCGGUCUACCAAGCCGGAAGCCUUGAUGCUAUUGUGGCGGUCAACCUCAACAUCUGGAACUCAACAUCUGAUCCGGUUGCUAGGCCUUAUACAGCGCUAGCCCUUACAGCUGACUGGGAGAAUGCAAAGGUUUCUAGGCUGACAAGUCCUGGUGUGGAUAUCGCUGGUAAUAUUACAUUUGCUGGCCAACAUGUUGAUGAAAAUGCCCGGAUUGUUGGACCAAAAACGUACGAUACGGUGAUUGAUGGCAAGGUCCUUGUGGGUGCAGGUGAAGCAAUACUUGUUCAAAAGUGA